CUUUCUACGAUGAAUACGAAGAAGACACCGAUGUCCAGUAUAAAUGGACACCUCCGAAAGUUUCGAUGCCCCCUCGAGCUUCUCAGCUUCUGCAGCAGUGGGAAACAGAGGCCUUACCGGAGUCGGGAAAGAAGGGGAAAAAGCUCAAGAAGAAGGAGAAAAUGGCCCUUGAAAAAGCACGCGCCGCAGCAGCGGCUGCUGAAGCCGAGAGACUCAGGCUCCAGAUGAUAAAGGACAUGCACGAAGAGAUUCGCAUGGAAAGAAUAAACGCCGAGAAAGAAGCGAUAUUCGACGAGGAGCGAGCAAAAAUGCGGAGGGAACAGCUGCAGAAAUCGCUGAUGAAAAUUUUCAAAAAUAACAAGGCCUUCAAAGAGUACUCCAAGGAGGACCGAGAGAAGCAGGACUGGGACCAGUACAUGACGUGCGACGGUUUACCGAAUCCGAAAACGCUGUCGGACUUGAAUACGUACUUAUUUCUUUGGUCGCUCGAGGACGAGGAGCCCGAUAUGAAAGAUGUUACUAAGAAAUGCAAAGAAGUCGUCUACUUACUAGAGAAACUGCAGAAUGUCAUCGACUUUCUGGCUGCGGAGUCGCCGCAAAAAGGAGAGGAGUUUAAGAAGAUCAGGCAAACGUUUAGGGACACUCUGGAAUCCUGCUUGGACAUGGCAGCCUUCUCGCUCCUGCGCAGAAUCGAAAGAAACAUGGUGAGGGAGGACCUAAAGAACGCUAGGUACAUCGAGCAGACCCACGAGAUGACCUGCUGCGUAUGGGCCUUGAUAAGGCUACCGAUAAGCGUAAAGCAAAUCGCCGAGAAGGACAGGAAACCUGUCGAGGUGACGUUCGAGGAGUUGAAGCUCACUGUAAAGAUGCCUCUGGACAUCGAUUGCUACUGCAUGGCGAUUAGAGGCAUGUGGGUCAUGUUCGAUCAUUAUUCCGACCGAGCUAUGUCUUUCUACAAGCCGAAGAUUCCAAGCGAAUAUCAAAUGAACAUGGCCUUUUCCAAUUUAGAUAUUCUAUCCUACUGCGAGGAGGAAUACCAAACGAAGCUGCGAAUAAAGGAGGAUCAAGUCGAGGGUCGCCGUCUGAGGCUGGAGGAGAAGAAAGCCAUUCUAGAGAAAUUGGAAAAUCCACCGUCGAUGACGGCAUCAAAAGCCGACAAGAAAGCGAAGGGGAAAAAGGAAAAAAAGAAAACCGAACCGGAACCGGAACCAGAACCUCUUCCGUAUCUGCCAACACCGGACGAGAUCAUUUUACUUAGAGAAGAUGAGGUGAGGAAAGAAGUGAGAAAACUGCUCUUCACCCGAUGCGAGAAGACGGAAAUCAAUUUGCGGAAGUACAUGAUUUUGGGGGGGGUUUUCCGCAUCGAUCUCGUCUAUCAGCCACCUCAACCAAAAGACAUGAGGAGAAACAUCUUCCUUACUACCCUGCAGAUCCCGAAAGAGUUGAAAUAUGUGCUAUUCUCGAAACCAUACAAAGCCCCUCCACCAGCUCCGGAUUCUGAAAGGACACCGGAAGUUAUAGAAGCGGAAUUAAAAGCAUUAGAAGCUGCAAUGGAGGCCCUUACUUUGGUAACCUUAAAGCUCCCCGAUUUUGUACUUUGGUUCGAGCCACCCUUGGUUGCCCAUUGGGUGCCGGAAAGAAAAAUCUGGUCUACUCAAGAUGUACACGACAUCAAGUACAACGAGGAGAAACAAAUUCUCUCCUUCAGAACUGGAAGGCUGGGUCCACACGGAUUGGCGGGCUUCAAGUUUGUAAAUCUUCCCUUCCAAAGUUGGGAGUUGAAACCUGAAGACAAAAAGUUCGGAGGCGUAAUUUUAACAAUUGUCGCGGCGGUUGUUCAGGCUGAUUUUAUUGUCAGAGAAGACACGGUGUGUUUGCAUUCCUUGACUGGCGGCACCCCUACCGCUCUGCAGGAUGUGAUUGGCCAAUCCAUGAGACUACCAUUUCUCAUACGAAAGAUGCGAGAAUGCGGCUGCGACCUGUUUCCGGAACAAGACGCGCAUAGUUACGUCAAGGGGCUUCCAAUAAAACACCCGGUUGCUGAGAAACACUUACAGACGUGCAUCGGUCUGCUUUGCACCACAUUCAUGUUCGCAUGGUCUCGAUGGAACGUCACCCGAUCCCCUAGGGAAAUUAUCAUUCAAAUGAGAGAACUACACGGAAUCGUUCCCAAUGAUCAACCAAAUUUAAUCAUAAUGGCAUCGCCGCUUCAAACGGUUGCACUUGAAUGCACCGAGUUCAGUCCAGAAUUCUCCGACAAGCCGAUGGAGCUUAUGGGCAAAAAGUUUUAUGGGGACUUGUACCAUUUGGCUAAAAAUAAUUCUGGAAUCAAGAGUCACACUCUAAUGAGGAAGGUGCCGUUCAAGCUGGCGACUACUGUCACAAAGUUACUCGAAUCUACUAAUGUCAUUAGCAUGUCAUCGUAACAACUUUGACAGUCUACCUCUCCUCGAGACUAUGUUAUCGCACCUGUCUAGUUCGUACCGAAUAGUCUAUUAUUGUGAAAUAAUUACGACAGGUAUUGUUAAGGCGUGCAGUGUCAAUUUUAUAGAGAGUAUAUUUAUAUCAUUUCUUGUUGUAUGUAAAAUCCUACAUGUCUACAAAUACCGUUUCCUUCUCAUCAUCCUAUGGUCUAUUAACUUUAUUGGAUCUUGAUGAAAUGAUUAAUAUUGCAGGUAACUAUAAAUUCGGACAUGAGAGAUGGAAGCGGUAACCGACAGAUGGUAAUACAUUAUA